CAAACGGGAAACGGAGCUUACUGUAGCCACAAGUGGUGUCUACCUCAGCCAGGUACUGUUCACCAGAAGUACAAGUAGGGUUCCAAUCCCCUGUCACCAGGAGUGCUGAGCAGCACUGGUCAGUAGUGAUGGUCACUACUGGUCUCCCUGAGGUGGAGGAGAAAUAUCAAGACGCUCAGGAGCUGCAGCAGCAGCGGGACCACUACCUUAGUCACCUUCAGCAGUACAUGGCCGCCUACCAGCAGCUGGCCAACGAGAAGGACGUCCUGCAGAAGCCGGUGCUGCUUAACACCCAGCUUGGCAACUGGAUGCAGCACGAAGAAGAGCAGGGCAAGAUGGAGGUCGUGUUGGCCAACCAAGAGCUGCUGGAAACACAGGUGGGGCAGUUGGAGUGCCAGACACCCUGUGGCCGCGGGAGCAGGAAGAACUGCGAGCAGCAUCCCUUCUCACUCUUUCCUGCCGGCCCCACUGAACCUCCUGGCUCGGACUGGAGAAAGUGA